UUUCCACCUACAGUCACCAUAUCAUACAUAUGGACUACCCAUGGGAUGAAGAUGUUCCCUAUCGAUUUUGGGGUCAAAGGUCACGCGCACUGGACAUCGAAGUAGCAAUAUGGUUCGGUUUGUCAUGCCAUUUGUUUUUUACACUCAGAAAAGAGGUAGUUUAUACCCAUUACCAACACCCUUUGGGAGAUUGGGGUAAGCGGGGGGUAUUCUUAGUGAGCAUUGCUCACAGUACCUCUUGUUUAUUCUAAAACUUCUACGUGAGAAGAAAUAUAUCUUACUGUGACCUUCAAUGCGAUAUUAAGAUAUAUUGACGACGUUUUGUCUAUUGACAAUAAUCAUUAUCAUUCAUAUGUCGAUUCGAUAUACAUAUGUAUCGCUGUGAUCUCAAAAUUAAAGUCGUCCACAAUUGCUUCAUACUUAGAUAUUUUAUUGCAAACUAACAAGUCAACUUUUAUUGAAAGUAGAUAUUAACGGCAAACUGACAACUAAACUUCAUGAUAAACUUCUCCAACGUUAAUAUCCCAUUAUCACCUGCUUAUUGUGUUUAUGUCUCUCAAAUAAUUCAAUACGUAAGAAUUUGUUUUGUGUAUGAUCAGUUUUUAAAUCCAUGCAGGCUACUGACAAACAUGUUGAUGGUGCAGAAUUUUCAACUGUCUCGUUGUGGGGUCAGCAUUUUGCAAAAUCUGUGGUCUUGUUACGAUCUAGAUUGCCAAUACAACCUAUCAUUGGGUCAAAUUCUGUCUGACGUGUUUAAUACCGAUUGGUGGAACGUUCUUGCCACAAUGAUUUUUACUACGGAUAACUCUGUUUACCUGAUCAAGAAAUGAGGACAAACAGUAGAGUGAAUGAAAGCGAAUUCAACAUUUCACUGUGCAGUGUAUAUAGGUACCUAUAAAGAGUAAAAUAUUUAGCUCCUCAAAAUUUUGAAAGCAAAACAAAACUAGAAAUUUUCCUAUGUGGUCGCUUAUCCAAAAGUUAUGGUAGAAUUAUUUAGAAAAACAUGAAUCUACUUUUGCGCGCCGGUGAGCGGGUUAUUUCAAUUUAAAUGAAGCUUAUCAUCAGCUAGUAUAAGCAUUGAAAACAAAACUGGACACCACUAUGGAUACGAAUACCGCAAGUAGCAAAGUCAGCAUUUAAUCAGAGUAAACAAAAACACAAAAACAUAAAUAAUACGAUCAACUGAUAAGACAACGCUAAUACUCUGUAUUAACACUGUAUCAUCAAUUUAGCUCGGUAAUGCACAGCCAAAACUACUGAAAUCUAUCAAAAGAUUACUUUAUUUUGUGAAAUGAGUGUAGUCAGAUAAUGUAUGGUUUCGUCUCAAUUUAUCUGUGACACGUGAGUGAAGAUUAUUGGACUCGUCAUUUAUAGUUUUAUUUCUGUUACGUCUUUUAUUUAAACAAAAACAUUUAUCAGUCUUCGAAUUACCACACGGUAUCAAGACCCUGAAUCAGUAGUACAUUAUCGACAAAUCUAGAUAUUGAAACGACACCUUCUCUAAAUAAAUUCCCAGGCAAUUCACACACAGUUGUGCAUUGUGUAGAAAGCCCUUUCUUAUUUUUUAUAAGACUAGAAAACUACUUUCGUUAUCAAAUAGAAGAAAUUAAACUCAAGAAUAUCAGCAGAUUCGGUUGUAUGGAAUGUCGUAACAAGAUUUUAUAGAUGUCAUUUCUCCAAAAAAGAAAUCCAGAGGAAAUUUCAUUGUCUCAACUCUCGCGCUGCCUUCAAAAUGCCAACGAUCUUCUUAAAGUCCCUCAAAUAGUCAUAUCCUUGCACAGGCGUUAGAUACUUGAUUUAAAAUGCGAAAAAUAAUCUCUGUCUAUAGGAUAGCUGGACACACUUCCUUAAAUCAUACAAAGGAAUCAUUUCCUCGCAACACACCUGGUAAACUAUCCAACGAUCUAAGAAAUGUUCUAUAUCAAGAAAGUUUUGUGCGCUUCUCAAUGGUACAAAACAUUCAGAGAUUGGCAAUGGAUGUCAUAAACAUCAGAAGUGACAAACUUUGAAGAAGAAUUUUGACGAUAUGAUGGAGGAAGUAAAAACUUUGGAGACAAAUGGCCAGAUACUACAGCUGGAGAACAAUAUCCUUAAACAAAAUCUAACGGAUUUGAGUCAGGGAUUUGAUGCGUCUCAAAUACUAACUAUGCAAAGACAGAUAUCAGUCCUCAAGAACAAUAGCGACAGACAAGCCAUGGAUAAUGCAAAUUUGAGAGGGAGAUAUCUUACUCUGUUACAGGAAAAUGGCGAUUUCAAACAUCAACUAAACGAAAUGAAUGCAACAUUGAGUCAAACCAGAAAACUUGACGAUUUUAACCCACGUUACAGGCGAUAGAAAAUAAUAUACGAAAGCUUACGUUUUCCACUGAUGCAGCGCUGAAGGAAAUCCGUGAGGAUCUGAAUGGGUCAAAACUCCAACUGCACAACAUCUCAUCGGAAGAAUGGGCAGACAAUGUGUAAUAGUGCUUCCAAAGGUGCAAUCCUUCUUGAGAUUCGAAGUCCUGAAGAAGAAAAAUGGAUUAGAUUGCAGAUGCAAAGACAAGGUUGGAAAACAACAUGGAUGGGUAUAACAGAUUCCCUCGAUGAAGGCACGUUUGUGUUCGUCUCUAGUGGCAACAAGAUACAGAAUGUGCACGCCCACUGGGGCAAAGGAGAACCAGGAGGCGAUACGGGGGAGAACUGUGGGUUGCUCCUGCUAAAAGCGAAAGGGUGGCACGAUUAUCCCUGCAGUUCCAAAUAUGCAUACAUCUGCAAGAAAACAAGAGUUUAGACACGUUUUGCACUGGUUUUAUUCGAGAAUGUCAAGAAUGAUAUCGGAAAAGAAAUUUCAUUUCAUGUCUCCGAUGCAACUUCAACUACAGUACAUUACGAAAUGAUACAGUGAUAUUGACAUAUAUUUGUAUAUCAUUGGUAAUAAAGAAUUGAAUUUGA